AUGGGAAUAAGAGUAAGCAAAGUGGUCAAUGUCAUCUCUUGUUUUACCAACAAAGAAGUGAUAGUACCAUCUUUUGUGGCUGAGAAUGAAGAUCUCGUAAGAGAAAUCCUCUCAAGAUCCAACAAAGAAGUGAUAGUACCAUAUUCUGUGGCUGAGAAUCAAGAUCUUGUAAGAGAAAUCCUCUCAAGACUACCCGUCAAGUCUUUAGUUAGGUUUAAGUGCGUAUCAAAAGAGUGGUUUGCUCUCCUAAAUCAAGAGAUUAUUCUGAGGAGCAAUCUUAGUAUACUCUACCUUCACAGUCGUGAAGGUAGACAUCAUCAUCACAAGUUCUCGUUGCUUGACAGAAAAGUCGACAAACUUUCGAGAGUAGAGUCACCUGCAUUUGUCCUGGAUCAAUCGUUUGAGAACAUAUAUAUUGCCGGAUCUGAUAGUGGUUUGGUCUGCCUUCAUCUUCUUGGAGAUGCUGGAUUAACGGAGCAAAUCGUCGUAUGGAACCCAGUAACAAAACAAUAUAAGAAACUACCUAAGCCUCACUUGUCUUUGGAGGGGGAUAAGAUGUUCAAGAUGUUCAAGAUGUUCAAGGCCGCACCACUUGUAGGUUUUGGAUUCAUUCAAGACCAUGGCAUGGAUAUCGAUUACAAAGUGGUGAGGAUUUCAAAAUGCAAUGAUGGAAGACUUGCAACCCAAGUCUUCACUCGAAGUGCAAAAUCAUGGAGAGUACUACAGACUAUGAUCUAA